AGGCACCGGGCCCGGGUCCCGAGCUGUCAGCGCUGCCGCCAGCCUCAGCGCCCCGGAGGGGGAUGGGGUGCACGUAGACGCUCCGCAGCCCAGUCCAACCCAGGAGCCCAGGAGCAGCUGCCCCCGCCGCCUCCACGCGCGCGCGCGGAGGGCUCGGAGCCUCGUGGCUGCCCAGGGACCCGGGGCCCGCGCCGCGGGCCGAGGGAGCCGGGCGUUGGGAGAGGAGCUCCUGAGCCUGGCCGAGCGCCCGCCGGGAGGGCGUUCUCCCCGCCCCCGGAGCCUCGCCAGCCCGGCCCGCCCCGAGCGCGGGGAGAUCACCUCCGCCUGUCACCUCCUCCCCGCGUCGCCCAGGUCCACCCGGGGCCCCCCUCCCCCGGGCCGCCCCCAAGCACGAAGUUGGCGGGAGCCUUAUAAAAGCCGGCGACGGCGCGUCCCGCGGACACACGUUGCAGGCGCCCGAGCAGCCGCCGCUUAGAUCCGCGCCAACUCCUCUGCCCGGACCUACGGCGCGACCAUGUCCCAUCACUGGGGAUACGGCAAGCACAACGGACCCGAGCAAUGGCAUAAGGACUUCCCCAUCGCCAAGGGAGAGCGCCAGUCCCCUGUUGACAUCCACACCCAGGCAGCCGUUCAUGACCCUACCCUGAAGCCUCUGUCUCUUCGCUAUGAGCAAGCGACUUCCCGGAGAAUUAUCAACAACGGUCACUCUUUCAACGUGGAGUUUGAUGACUCCCAGGACAAAGCAGUGCUGGAAGGAGGACCCCUCACUGGCACCUACAGAUUGAUUCAGUUUCACUUUCACUGGGGUUCAUCUGAUGGGCAAGGUUCUGAGCAUACUGUGGAUAAAAAGAAAUACGCUGCAGAGCUCCACUUGGUUCAUUGGAACACCAAGUACGGGGAGUUUGGAAAAGCAGCGCAACAACCUGACGGACUGGCUGUUUUGGGUAUUUUUCUGAAGAUUGGUGAUGCUAAACCAGGCCUCCAGAAAGUCAUUGAUGUGCUGGAUUCCAUUAAAGCAAAGGGUAAGAGUGCCGACUUCACUAACUUUGAUCCUCGUGGCCUCCUUCCUGAAAGCUUGGACUACUGGACCUACCCCGGCUCACUGACCACCCCUCCUCUCCUGGAAAGCGUGACCUGGCUCGUGCUCAAAGAACCCAUCUCUGUUAGCAGUGAGCAGAUAUCGAAAUUCUGUACCCUUAACUUCAACGCAGAGGGCGAACCUGAACACCUGAUGGUGAACAACUGGCGCCCGACUCAGCCACUGAAAAACAGACAAAUCAAAGCUUCCUUCAAAUAAGAUGGUCCCAGAGCCAAUGUCCAAUGAAGAGUCUUUGGGUUUCCCUUUAGCUAAGCGCAAGUCUACCUUGGUGAAUUGGACCCUGGCUGCUUUGCAUCUAUCUGGUUUUCUAGACCCUUCGUCUCUCACCUGACAUUCUUACUACUAAAAUGUGAAAACCUAGACCAAUUGUCAGCCUUGACAGAAUUGCUGUGACUGGUGCUUUGCUUAUGGUAAUAGCCUUUUUGUAACAGAGAAUAAUAUAAGGAGUAGGAGAAAAGUACCUUGAUUUUGUUCAUAGCACGUGGGCUAAUGAGCACUCACAAUUGUUCACUAAAAUGCUAUUUUUAAAACAUAAGAAAGUAGGAUGAUUGAAUGCAAAGCCAUAUAAUGAGAUAAACUGAGCUGUGUAAUAUAAAUCAGGUAAAAUAGUCAUGAUCCUAUGUAAUGUAAAUCAGAUAAAAUAAAUGUUUGUGGUUCCAAUAUGGUAAAUUAAAGAAAAAUUUUAAAUUCUUAUAUAUUUGUAACAAUGUUAUCUUAAAUAUGAAUUAUGUUGUAAUUUAGUGACUUUUGAAAUAUAGAGAUGUAAAUGAAGUAUUAUCUGUAAAGAUUGUUAUAGUUGUGAUACAGAGUAUAUUUCCAUUCAAAUAAUAUAUCGUAACUUCAUAAAUAUUGUAUUUUAGAUAUAUUCUCUAAUAAAAUCUGGAAUUCUA